UCCGCGCGGCCCGCUCCCUCUGGUCAAGGAGCCUGAGGCGGCUGCCUCGCCCGGGACGGCGACGCGGACGUGAGUGCGUGCGCGCGGCCGGCGCGGGUCCCGGGGCAGGAGCGAUGGUGUCCCGCCUGGUGCGCAGGUGGCUUGCUGGGUGCUCCGGGGCCUCUCCUGGGUGGUGGCCCAAGGGCCCUUGCGGAACCCUGGUGCGGACAGCGGGCGCCUUCGGCCCCCUUGCCCGCAGAGCCUGCGCCUCGACCGCCCGGCCACGCCAGGUGACCCUCACCCAGGAGCGCUACCCCGUGCGGCGGCUGCCUUUCGCCGUGGUGUCCGAGGAUGACCUGGCUGCCUUCGAGCGAAUCGUGCCCGGCAGGGUGAUCACGGACCCCGAGGAGCUGGAGGCCGCCAACGUGGACUGGCUGCGAGUGGCGCGAGGCUGUAGCAAGGUGCUGCUGACGCCCAGGAGCACGGAGGAGGUGUCCCACAUCCUCAGGCACUGCCAUGAGAGGAACCUGGCGGUGACCCCGCAGGGCGGGAACACGGGCAUGGUGGGCGGCAGCGUCCCCGUCUUUGACGAAGUCAUCGUGUCCACUGCCCUCAUGAACCAGGUCAUCAGCUUCCACGGCGUGUCUGGAAUUCUGGUCUGCCAGGCCGGCUGCGUCCUCGAGGAGCUGACGCGGUACCUGGAGCCGCGCGGCUUCGCCAUGCCCCUGGACCUGGGCGCCAAGGGCAGCUGCCACAUCGGGGGCAACGUGGCCACCAACGCGGGCGGCUUGCGUGUCCUCAGGCACGGCUCGCUGCGCGGCACCGUCCUGGGCCUGGAAGUGGUGCUUGCUGAUGGCACCGUCCUCGACCUCCUGAGCUGCCUGCGGAAGGACAACACCGGCUACGACCUGAAGCAGCUCUUCAUCGGGUCGGAGGGCACCCUGGGCAUCGUCACCGCCGUGUCCGUCCUGUGUCCGCCGAGGCCCGAGGCUGUGAACGUGGCUCUCCUGGGUUGCGCGGGUUUCGCUGAAGUUCUGCAAACCUUUGAGACCUGCAAGCGGGUGCUGGGCGAGAUCCUGUCGGCGUUCGAGUUCAUGGACUCCGAGUGCAUGCGGCUGGUCCGGCGCCACCUCGGCCUCACCUGCCCCAUCCAAGAACCAAUAAUGUAUAAAAAGCCCCCUGGUGUUCUGCGUGAUCUGAGAGAAAUGUUAACAGCAGAAUUUGCCGUCUGGCAUGGAAAAAUGCCGAUAUCUGGAAAACACUUUAUCGCCUUUGUGGUAAGAGGAACUCAUAACAUUUUCUUGAAGAGAUCCCUGCCACUCAGUAAGUUUUCCUUUAUUGAUUCAGUGAGUGUAAAAAUAGCUACACUGGCCUGGAAAAAGCCACAAGCGUAAAUCUCCUAAUGACUCAGGACUGCUCAUUAGAACAGGCCUCGCCGCGGAACAUCGUGUCGGGGGUCCGCCCUCCCCUUCUGAGCCGUGGGGUGCCCCCAGCCUGACCUGAGCAGUGAGGGGAGGAGGGUGGGAGGGGCGGGGCCUUCGUGGAGCCCCCUCGGGUGUUUGCCCGUGAGUGGGGGCGUCUCUCACGGUAGAGCCCUUUUAACCUGAGAGGUCCGGCCCCCUGAGCCUCCCACCGCACAGGCCGCCUCGGGGUCCCGGGGCCCCCUUGGCGCGACACCGAUGCUUCCGGUGCAGCGAUGCGCGUCCCUUUUAAAGCGCUGCCGUGUUCUCGACCAGGGGCCCUGAGCACUGGCUCACCCCUUUUCUCGCUCAUUUCCAGAAAGCCCGUUCUAUGUCUUAAUCGAAACCUCAGGCUCCAACGCAGGGCACGACGGCGAGAAGCUGGGUGGCUUUCUGGAACGUGCCCUGGGCUCCGGCCUGGUGACCGACGGGACCGUGGCCUCGGACCAGAGGAAA